GCUGGGAGGAAGAGGGGCGGAGCCGGCGCGGGAGGCCGGGCCGACUUAACCGUCUUUGCCUCGAGGUGUACAGGCUGUUUGGGUGCGGAGGGAGCCUGCUCGGGACGCCGCGUUGCUGGCCCGGCUGCCGGAGCGUCCGCCCAGGGCCUGCAGCCGAGCCUGGCCGGCCGGGGCAACGUCGCUGCUCCCCCAGCCCCCGCCCUCCCUGACGCAUUCUGCCGCACCAGCUGUAACAUGGCGGCGACGGCCUGAGCCCCGGGGAGCUGGGUGGGUGCUGGAUGCUUCCACAUCGCGAGAUUGAACUCUUGGACCAUGGGAAUAAAGGUUCAGCGUCCUCGAUGUUUUUUUGAUAUUGCCAUUAACAAUCAGCCUGCUGGAAGAGUUGUCUUUGAAUUGUUUUCUGAUGUCUGCCCCAAAACAUGCGAGAACUUCAGGUGUCUUUGCACAGGUGAAAAGGGGACAGGGAAAUCAACUCAGAAGCCAUUACAUUAUAAGAGUUGUCUCUUUCAUAGAGUUGUAAAGGAUUUUAUGGUUCAAGGUGGUGACUUCAGUGAGGGAAAUGGACGAGGAGGAGAAUCUAUUUACGGAGGAUUUUUUGAAGAUGAGAGCUUCGCUGUUAAACACAACAAAGAGUUUCUCUUGUCGAUGGCCAACAGAGGGAAAGAUACAAAUGGCUCACAGUUCUUCAUAACAACGAAGCCAACGCCUCAUUUAGAUGGGCAUCAUGUUGUUUUUGGACAAGUGAUCUCUGGUCAAGAAGUUGUGAGAGAGAUAGAAAAUCAGAAAACCGAUGCAGCUAGCAAGCCAUUUGCUGAGGUACGGAUACUCAGCUGUGGAGAGCUAAUUCCCAAGUCUAAAGCUAAGAAAGAAGAAAAGAAAAGGCGUAAGUCAUCAUCAUCUUCCUCCUCGUCAUCCAGUGACUCUGAUAGCUCCAGUGAUUCCCAGUCCUCUUCUGAGUCUUCUGAUUCUGAAAGUGCUUCUGAAGACAAGUCAAAGAAAAGGAAAAAGAAACAUCGGAAAAAUUCCCGAAAACAUAAGAAGGAAAAGAAGAAGCGAAAGAAAAGCAAGAAAAGUGCAUCUAGUGAGAGUGAGACUGAGAAUCUUGAAGUACAGCCUCAAUCUACUGUUCGUCCAGAAGAGAUCCCUCCUAUACCAGAGAACAGAUUCCUAAUGAGAAAAAGUCCUCCUAAAGUGGAUGACAAGGAAAGGAAGAACAGAGAGAGAGAAAGAGAGAGAGAGUGCAACCUACCAAACUCCCAGCCUGCUUCAUAUCAGAGACGACUUUUAGUUACUAGGUCUGGCAGAAAAAUUAAAGGAAGAGGACCAAGGCGUUAUCGAACUCCUUCCAGAUCCAGAUCCAGGGAUCGUUUCAGACGUAGUGAGACUCCUCCACAUUGGAGGCAAGAGAUGCAGAGAGCUCAAAGAAUGAGAGUAUCAAGUGGUGAAAGAUGGAUCAAAGGGGAUAAGAGUGAGUUGAAUGAAAUGAAAGAAAAUCAAAGAAGCCCAAUUAGAGUUAAAGAGAGAAAAGUAGUUGAUCACAGGCAUGUGUCUGAGAGUCCAAACAGAAAAAAUGAAAAGGAAAAGAAAGCUAAAGAGCAUAAAUCUAACAGCAAAGAGAGAGACGUCAGAAAAAACUCAGAAAAAGAUGAAAAGUAUAAUAAAAAUAAAGUGAAGAAAAGGGCGAAAUCUAAAAGUAGGAGUAAGAGCAAAGAGAAAUCAAAGAGUAAGGAAAGGGAGUCGAAACAUAAUAGACACGAAGAAAAGAAGGUGAGAUCAAGGAGUAAAGACAGAGAUCAUGAAAUUAUUAAAGAAAAAGAAAAGCAGUCUGAUUCUAAAGGAAAAGAUCCAGAAAGGAGUAGAAGCAAAGAGAAGUCUAAACAAUUAGAAUCCAAGAGUAAUGAGCAUGAUCAUAAUAAAAAUAAGGAAAAAGAUAGACGUGCACAUUCAAAGAGUAGAGAACGAGAUACAACUAAAAGUAAACACAGUUACAAUAGCAGGACAAGAGACCGGAGCAGAAGCAAGGACAGGAGCAGAAGAGUGCGAUCCAGAAGCCGGGACAGAGACAGAGAUCGUAGCAGAAGCAAGGAGUACCAUAGAUACAGAGAACAGGAGUACAGGAGAAGAGGGAGGUCACGCAGCCGUGAGAGACGAACUACACCUGGAAGAUCUAGAAGUAAGGACAGGAGGAGGAGGAGGAGAGACUCCCGGAGUUCAGAGAGAGAAGAAAGUCAAAACAGGAACAGAGAAAAAUACAGAAACCAGGAGAGUAAGAGUUCACACAGAAAAGAGAAUUUUGAGGGUGAGAAAAGAAUGUACCCAAAAAAUCGUGAUCAUAAUAGUUCAAAUAACAGGGAAAAAAAAGCUGACAGAGAUCAAAGUCCGUUCUCAAAAAUGAAACAAAGCAGUCAGGACAAUGAAUUAAAGUCCUCUACGUCAAAAACUAAGGAGGAUGACAAGACCAGCUCCUCAACAGAAAAAGAAUACCAAAAAUCAAAGGGUCAAGAAAAUGAUCAUGUACAUGAUAAAAAUAAAAAAUUUGAUCAUGACUCAAGCCCCGGAACAGAUGAAGACAAAAGUGGAUGAGUGAGUUCUGUAAACUUACUUCAUUUUUUGUCUCAAAUUUUAAGUUUUACAGACUUCCUGGCGAAUCUACUUCAUGUUUUGUUUUCAUUGUUUUUUGGGUUGUUUAUGUUUGUCCUUUUUUUUUAAUGUGGACUUCAUUAAGUUGAUCUUUUGAUAAUCUGUACCUGGAUAAUUUGUACUGCUAAAGUUUUAAUAAACUUGAAAUGAGAAAAACACUUUGGAGUAAUACUGUGUGCUGUGUUAAACUAUUUUAUGUAUGCACUUUUGUGUUGCACCAACCAACCAGUAGCAUUCCAAUUUCUUUAAUCAUCUACUUGGAAACAGGCUUAAUGAUCAUUGCAAUACAUGUUAAUAGAAGUUCUUAGUUUUCAUGAUUAGUAAUUUAGAAAUCAAUAAAAAAUCUUGUAUGGAUUUUUCUGUUUGCAUUUAUAGUGGAGAGUUGCAGCAAUUUCUUUUAAUUACACAGGAACAGGAUUUUGUUAAGAUCUUAAAUAAUUUUUUUGAUUCAACAGUAAUUUGUGCUUUAAAUAGAUAUUAUGGCGCUUUAUACCUUAUUCUUCAUGGUUUCAGCCUUGCCCACUUCAUAGGAAUACUUUUCCUGUCUGGUUUUGUUUUACUUAACUGUCAUUUAAAAUCAAAGUUUGUUUCGUUUUGUUUUUUCAUUUGAUGGGCUGAUUGAGUUUCUGUUGCUAUUGUACAGCAUUUGACAGGAAUUAUUCUUUGGGAAAACCAGAUUGUAAUUCUUAAUUCUAUGUUGCUUUUGGUUUGAAGAGUUCAAAUUAUUGCUUUUUGAGAACAUAGCUUAACUGCUAUUAUUAUUGCUAUCUUCUUAAAUGAAAAAUACUUUUCUGACUAAAACAUACUACUUGUUCAGGUCCUUAAGGUAGACAGAUUCGAAAAAUUGUUAGUAAUUUACACAUUAACUUCUAAGAUCUCUUGUUUUCGCCCUAACCUAUAUAAUGUUGAGUGGUAAAUCUGCAUGGUUUUUUGUUUGUUUUGUUUUGUUUUUUCAUUUGAAGUGACUUCUAUAGCUCAUAGUUGUGAGUUCAAAUGGCAAGAAAAUGCAUCUUUUCUAUAUGUGUACCAAGAUAGGCUUUAGCAUGUUUAUGAAUCUAACUUCUUUUUGUUCUACCAUUAUUGUUAGCUUAAUUUUAAUUUGGCAUGUGUAACAUUUCCAUAUAGAAUAGAAAGUUGCAAAAUUUGACAAGUUACAAAGUAAACAUAUCCAAAAUCUAUUUGAAUGUGCAUUGUAUUUUGCUAUUUUUGUGAUGUUAUUCUGUAAUAGCUCUACUAAAUAAAACAUUGGACAUCCAACAGACACAAAA